UGCUGCGCAAGCGCGCUAGUCAGGGCUGGUUUUUGAAUCAGCGGCGUUGUUAUUGACGCCAUAUUGCUGGUGUGGAAGAGUCACAGAGAGACGUACGACACCUGCCGCCGCGGCUAUCGCUCGUCAUCGGCGGCCUCAGGCCGGGAAGCCUCCCUUCGUGCCGCUCCCGCCGGCCUAGACACCCUCCCGGAUACGGCCUGGGGAGGAUUUGCCGCGGGCAGAGCCUACGAGUCCAGGCAAGCCUGGCCAAGCGCUACGGGCCGCUCCCUUGAGACACAGGCGGAACCGGCAGGAGAAAGCCAAGGCGGAGCGGAGCGGUGGCGACCCUCAGCCUGACGCGGCGAGGCACCUCCUGAAGCUCUUCCCUCCCCCGUUCCUCCUUCACCCAGUCUGUCAGCCCUUCCGGCCGCUCUCUCGGUGGGGAAGGCCCGGCCGGCUCAGCUGCUGCUCCCCCCUUCCUCCUCCUCUUCUUCCUCCUUUGCCGUCCCCCACCCACCUCGGCCAUGGCCUGCGGCGCCACCUUAAAACGGACUCUGGAUUUCGACCCGCUACUGAGCCCGGCCUCGCCGAAGCGGCGACGCUGCGCCCCUUUGUCCGCCUCGGCGGCCGCCGCCUCCUCUUCCUCGGCGGCCUCCUUCGCCUCGUCCCCGCAGAAAUACCUGCGCAUGGAGCCUUCGCCCUUCGGGGAAGUGUCCACUCGCCUCACCACAGAGCAAAUUCUGUACAAUAUAAAACAGGAGUACAAACGCAUGCAGAAGAGGAGACACCUAGAAAACUUUCAGCAAACAGAUCCCUGUUGUUCUACUGAUGCACAGUCACAAGCAUUUCUCCUUACUGGACCAGCUUUGCCAGGUACUUCAUCUGCAGCAGCAUCGCCACUGAAAAAAGAACAGCCCCUCUUUACUCUCAGACAAGUUGGAAUGAUAUGUGAACGCUUGCUCAAAGAACGUGAAGAGAAAAUCCGUGAAGAGUAUGAAGAAAUUUUGACCACAAAACUUGCAGAACAGUAUGACGCUUUUGUGAAGUUCACGCAUGACCAGAUCAUGCGACGAUAUGGAGAACAGCCUGCAAGUUAUGUUUCAUGAAUCAUGUUUUCUGCAUAUGUGGGCAGCCCUGAAACCCUGUUCUAUUGUUGCAAGCUGUCCUUUAAAGACUUGCAGCAAUGCCAUAUUCCCCCAUUCCCCUCUGUAUACACUGGUUAUUUCAAGCUUUUGUCAGUGGCAACCACUCUUAUGCAGCAACUGGUUUUGGAUUGCUCCCUGAUGUCAGUACCACCUGGAUGUGGACCUUUGCUACUUGUUAAUACCAGUGGUCUCAUUUGCUGCAUCAUUACAAUUUGGCUUAUGUUAAUAACUUUGAAAAGUAAAAGGAUUAAAGCUGGUGUACUAGAACUCUGCCCUUCACUGGUUGUGUAAAUAAAAGUGUAGAAUGACACUUCCGACUGAAGUUAGUGUGGUUUUCAUAACUGUGCACUGCAAAGCUAUAUUCACAGUUAAAUUAGAAUGUAAUUCCUGGACAACUUUUAAACAAAUAGCCCACAGUACUGCCUGUGAAAUAGUGAAGGAGGGCAUUUCUGUAUUCCAUGACUUUUUGGGGGGUUAAGAAUGGGUUUAUAUAAUUUCUCAUUUUUGUAGGUUUUAUUUAUUCUAUCAGUCUUUAACAAAUGUUUAUUGCUGCAAUUUUUCAGUGUAUCAUUGUUUUACUGCCCUUGUAGUACUGGAAUUUAGUUGAAAGAAUAAAACAUUUACUUCUAA